AUGGCGACUCUGGCGGAGAAGCUCGAGAAGAUCAAAUCUCCUAAGCUGCAGAACCAGCACCAUGUGAGUUGCGCCCGUCCGAUCAAAAUCAAUUGCCAGGCACGAUCGCUAACUAUUUCCAUGCAGACCGCUGUGGUGCUCUCUGCAGUGGAGGACACUCUUCGUGACCAAAAGGCCGACUUUUCCGCGACCGCAUAUUUCGCUGCGCUGCUUGCACUGCUGUCGCAGUCGCUGACCGCCGAGCAAGGAAUUGUGAACAAGGAUCUCGCGACAUCCGUUGUCUACCUGCUCGAUAUCACCACUUCCUAUGUCCCCGAACCCAUCCUCCGUUCGAAGUUUUCCCAGAUCCUCACAAGUCUCGCUCCUGCGCUCUCUCUUCCCGAAGUCGAAGCUCCCCUCCUGCGCCCGUCAAUUGGUUGUCUCGAGUCACUGCUCAUUGCCCAAGAUGCCGCCGCAUGGAACCUGCCUCACACUGCAGUUGGUCCGCGCCGCGCGACUGCCGGUCUGCUGAGCCUGUCGGUGGACCACCGUCCGAAGGUGCGGAAGCGUGCCCAGGAGGCGUUGAUCAAGGUUCUCAAAGCACCCCCUCCGAGCCCCUCUCUGGACCACCCCGGCGCGGAUAUGUGCGCCGAGUCUGCGAUGAAGACACUGAGCGACAGCAUCACGGCUGCUUCCAGGCAGAAAAAGGGCCGUCGUGACGCCAAUCACCAAGAUAACCAUGAGCCUUUGAUUAUCCACUCACUGCAACUGGUGAAGACAAUUGCUUCCGCCUCGGGCGGCUGGCCUAGCAAGAAGAUCGAGUCGCUCUGUGAACUCCUGAUGAAUGCAUCGCGCUCCAGCAAUGAGUAUAUUACUAUGGGCGCUUUUGAGGUGUUCGAGGUUAUCUUCGAGGGUAUGGCGGACGAGUUCUCAUCCUCCAAGCUGCCCCGUCUUUUGGAUGCUAUCUCCGAGCUGAAACCUGCACAGAAUGACUCGCAGCUUCUUCCUCCUUGGAUCGCGGUUCUGUCUCGCGGUUACGAUGUGUCUGCGCAAAUAAACCCCGAGGACACCUUCGAGAAACUGCCAGACCUUUUCCAGCUUAUCUCUGGAUUCUUGGCUUCGCCCUCGCACAACAUCCGCAUCUCGGCCUCCGAGUGCUUGAUCUCCUUCCUGCACAACUGCAUUCCCAGCAGCGUUAUCAUUGAGCCGUCUGUUUACGAUGAGAAGACUCUUGAGAAGCUCGCUCGCGCGACUUCCGAUUUGCUCUCCGUCAAGUACCAGGCUGCCUGGGUGGAGGUGUUCAAUGUCUGCUCUGCCAUGUUCGAUUGCUACAAGUGGCAAUCUAGCCCAUUCCUCGUUGACAUUGUCUCGACCAUUGGUGAACUGCGCAGCAACGAGUCUUUUCAUGGCAAGAAGGAAGCCGACAGCGUCCUUGGAAGCGCCAUUGAGGCGAUGGGCCCCGAGGCUGUCCUUGAGAUCUUGCCAUUGAACAUUACUGAGCAGAAGAAGGGCCAAACUGGUCGUGUUUGGAUGCUCCCCAUUCUUCGGGAUAGUGUCACGAACACGAACCUGCGCCACUUCCGCUCCGAGAUGGUGCCCCUGAGCGAGGCCCUCUACCAGAAGAUCGUUGAUUUUGGUGCCGCCGAAAAGUCUGUCGAGGUCAAGAUCUUCGAAACCCUGGUCCAGCAAACCUGGGGUAUUCUCCCGGGCUACUGCGAGCUGCCACUUGACCUGGUUGAGUCCUUUGACCAAGGCUUCGCUGAAUUGCUGUCCAACGUUCUCUACAAACAGACCGAAUUGCGCGUUGAUAUUUGCCGCGCUCUGCAGAACCUGGUCGAGUCUAACCAGGCCAUUCUGUCUGUUGAAGCCGAACAGGACGACUUGAUCCUGCAGCGCCGUAUCACAAAGGCGACCGCUGCUCAAAAUAUUGCGCAUCUCUCCGGAUUUGCCAGCAACCUUUUGGCGGUUCUAUUCAACGUUUACAGCCAGACCCUCCCCCACCACCGCGGGUAUAUCCUACAGUGCAUCAAUGCCUAUCUGAGCAUCACUCCCGAGCAGGAACUCAACGAGACUUUCACUCGGGUUAUCACGAUGCUCGAGUCAUCUCUGGCCGAGGAGCAGAAGGAUGCCCCCGCUCCUCAGGGCUCAUCUGCUAAGAUGCCGCCCACUUCUCACACCCUGAUUGACCUGGUCAUUGCCAUGUCUAUCUACUUGCCCCGUUCCAGCUUCGCCGGGUUAUUCGCCAUGGCUGCGGCUGUCCUCAACGGCCCAUCCCCCAACCCGGAUCAGCAGCUCAUUAAGAAGGCCUAUAAGCUCAUUCCUCGCCUGGCUUCAACUGAGACUGGUAGCGAGGCGCUCAAAGAACGUAGCGGCGAGCUCCAGGCACUCUUCAUUGCCACUACCGACAAGACCCCCGCGUCUGGCCGACGAGACCGCAUGCUCGCCAUUCACGAGAUCAUCACACACCUUCCUUCUUCUGAACUGCAUUUCAUUCCGGCUAUUCUCUCAGAGGUUGUGCUUGGCUGCAAGGAAAGUAACGAGAAGGCCCGCACCGCCGCAUUCGACCUGCUCAUUCACCUUGCCAACCGCACUAUUGACACCGAGCGCAACCCCCCUGGUACCAUGAUUCGCAACUCGCUGGUGCCUCACAUGCCCGACGACUCCCCCGAUGCCCCGGCCACCAUUGAAGAAUUCUUCACCAUGGUGUCUGCCGGUCUGGCUGGCUCCUCUCCUCACAUGGUCGCUGCCUCUGUUACUGCCCUUUCUCGCCUCUUUUUCGAAUACCAAAAUAAAUUGCAACCCGAGGUUCUUGGUGAUCUGGUCCAGACUGUCGAGCUUUUCCUUACAAGCAACAACCGUGAGAUUGUUCGCUCUGUUCUGGGAUUCGUCAAAGUUGCCGUCGUCAUUCUUCCCGAUGAGGCUUUGCGUCCUCGUCUUUCGGCACUUGUGCCCAACCUCAUGGCUUGGAACAAGGAGCACAAGGGUCGUCUCCGCAGUAAGGUUAAGGGUAUCAUUGACCGACUUGUGCGCCGCUUCGGUGCUCCGCUCAUGGAAAACCUUGUUGGUGAGGAUGACCGCAAGCUUGUCGUGAACAUUCGCAAGCAGCGUGAGCGUAGCAAGCGCAAGAAGAAGGAAGGCGCCGCCGAUGACGAAGACGAGGGCGAGGAGAAGGCGGCUGAUCAGCAAUCUGGCAAUGCCUUCGACAAGGCUGUCUAUGGCUCGGACUUCUCCGAUUCUGAUGAUGGCUCCGAUGACGAUGGUAGCGAGGUCGACAUCGACGAGGGUCUCGCGCGCAUCAAGGGUGCUGGUGGCAAGAAGAAGUCUGGCCAGAGCACUCAGUACAUUCGCGAGACGUCUCCCGAGGAUAAUCCGCUGGAUCUGCUGGCUCCUGAUGCCCUGGCCAACAUUUCCACCACUAAGCCCAGCGAUCGCUUCCUGAACACUGGCCCUGGCUCCAAGAAGAAGCGCAAUGCCAAGUUCGAUGCUGAUGGUCGCCUGAUCCUCGGCGACAACGAAGCUAGCGGCGAUGUCGAGAUGAGCGGUGCUGGUGAAGGAGCUGGUGGCGUGAACGCCUAUCUUGCUGCUGUCAGCGGUCCGGAUGCUGUCCGCCGUGGUCAGAAGGGCAAGGUCAAGAUGGGCCAGGCUAAGCGUGGCGGUGACGAUAUGGACCUGGACGAGGAUGAUGCUGCUGCUCUGAGCGACACCAUUCGUUCCAAGGGUCAGGGUCCUCCUGCUCGCCGAGGCCUGGGUGCCCCCAAGACACCCGGCGCCCCCAGUGGAGGUCGCAUUGAUAAGCGUCGGAGCCCCGGUAAGGGUGGCCGGGGUGGUCCUCGCGGAGGUGGCGGCCGUGGUGGCCGUGGCGGCCGGGGUGGAAACCCUGGACGUGGCAGACGCUAA